GGGAAGCCUGAACAGUGGGGACCCCUGGGAUCCCUGGGACAACAAAGUGGAGAAUCUUGAGAGGGGGAAUAUCAGGGAAUGUGGCACCUGAAAGCGAGUCAGAGGAGAAGGGAACCUUGGGACCCCCAAAACUUCCAACAUCCCAGACAGGGGAGACUCUCUGUACCCCAUAGGGGGGAAACCAGAGAGGGGUAACUUCUGGGAGAGAUGUUUUGGGCUAAUCUUCAUAUUUUGGAAUAUUUUUUACCUGAGUCUCAACUUUUUGCAGUUUGGGGGGGGUAAAAGUCGUCUUGCUAUUUCUGAUGGGUUUUUUUCCUGAAUCUUGGUGGUUUGGGUUUCUUUAGGCUGAAUCUUAGUGUUUUGGAGGGUUUUAUGGACACAGGAAGCCUGGUGAGUUCUAGAGAUGGACUUGGGCAGGAGGAACCCCCAAACCAACGCGCUCAACCCUUGUUUUCCCCCCCAUCAGGAUUUGUCCUUCCCAAAGCUUGGGCAGAUGGAGGAGGAGGCUGCGAGGAAGAGGAAGAUGCCUUGGGCCCCCCAGGCAGGUGAGGAGGAAGUCAGUGUCCCUUUGGGCGGGUGUUGUGCUGGCUCUGUCAGCCGAGCAUGGCCCCGGCUGCAGGACAACCCCGCUGGCGCCGCCGUCCUGCCGGGGCCGGAGUUGGGGGGAUGUCCUUGGCCUUCCCUGUGGGCCGGAGGCAAAUCCCCUGCCUGUCCUUCUUGCUUCCUGCCCCAGGCCCCGAGCUGAGGACGGAGAGCCCGGAGGACAAAUCCCCCCGUGAGACCCUGGUGGGAGAGGCCGUUUUGAAGGGCUCCCCGGCGCAGGAAGGCAGCGGGGAGGAAAAGGGCCGGAGAUCCCCCCACAGGAGGGGCUCCAAAGCCAUCCCAGGGUGCUCUGAGGAGGAAAGAGCCAGCCUGUGCCGGGAAGGUGGCCGGAGCUUGAGGUGGACCUCUGAGGUGGUUGUCCCUGAUCAGCUUCCCAUCAGGGAGAAGCGCUUCAAGUGCUUGGAAUGUGGGAAAAGCUUCAGGAAGAGCACCCAACUCCUCAGCCACCAGCACAUCCACACUGGGGAACGGCCCUACCCAUGUAGGGAAUGUGGGAAGAGCUUCAGGAGCAACUCCAGCUUGAUCCAACACAAGCACAUCCACACUGGAAAGCGGCCCUACACAUGUGGGGAAUGUAGGAAGAGCUUCAGAGAGAGGUCCUACCUCCUCAUGCACCAGUGCAUCCACAGUGGGGAACAGCCCUACACAUGUGGGGAAUGUGGGAAGAGCUUCGUGUACAGAAGCAGUCUCCACAAACACCAGCGCAUCCACACGGGAGAACGGCCCUACACGUGUGGGGAAUGUGGGCAGAGCUUCAUCCAUAGUUGCCACCUCUUUUCCCACCAGGCCAUCCACACUGGGGAGCGGCCCUACAAGUGCAUGGAAUGUGGGAAGAGGUUUAAGACCAGUUCACAUCUCCUCAUGCAUGAGCAGACACACACGGAUGAGAGGCCCUUCCGCUGCAGCGACUGCAGGAAGGGCUUCAAGCGGAACUCCCACCUUGUCAGGCACCGACGCAUCCACACCGGGGAACGGCCCUACAAGUGUGGGGAGUGUGGGAAGAGGUUUCAGACCAGCUCAGAUCUCCUCCUGCAUGAGCGGACGCACAGGGAUGAGAGGCCCUUCCGCUGCACCGACUGUGGGAAGGGCUUUAAGCACAACUCCACCCUCGUCAACCACCGGCGCAUCCACACCGGGGAACGGCCCUACAAGUGUGGGGAGUGUGGGAAGAGCUUCACCCAGAGCUCUAACUUGACCUCACACCAACGGACCCACGAGUAAGGGAAGCCCUAC